AUGGAUGAAUUUCAAGGCAAGACUUUGCAUCUGGCGACUGACGUGGACGAUUUUCCUCUGGUUUACGAGUUGGAGGACGGCACCGUAACUGGACUUAACAUUAAGAUCAUCGCGGAACUCGCACUUCGUUUCAACUUCUCGUUCACGACUACGAAAAAAUCACCCGACUUCCUUUGGGGAAACUGCGACAACGAUUCCUGGUCUGGGCUUUUAGGUCUUGUGCAAUCCGGCCAAAAAGAGCUCACCAUUAACUAUUUUUCAAUGGCACUUGAUCUGAAACCGCAUGUGCAUUUCGACGCGUCCAUUCCUUAUUUUUGGGAAGGAUUCGGGUUUGCUUUGAAAAUGCCGCCGCCUCAGCCUCCGUGGAAGAACCUCCUCAGCCCAUUUCAAAUUCAAGUUUGGAUGUCAGUGCUGCUGAUCGUGCUUGUCGUGCCAGCUUUCAUGUGCGCUCUGUAUUGGCUGAGCUUCGGUGACAUCAUGGCUCGCAGGAUGAGGGCAUCUGAUAUUUACAUCCAACACUUGAUGGGAUUUCUUCAACAAAGUGUUUCGGUUACGCCAAGCAGCCCUGGCUUGCGUAUGGCGAAUUUCACAUGGUGGCUGUUCUGUCUUCUCGUCACACUUUAUUAUUCAUCAAACCUUUUCGCUGUACUCACCGUGCCUGUGUUUCCUCAAAGACUGUCGACUGUAAAAGACCUAGAGAAAAGCGGCCUCAGACUUGCGAUGGUGUACUACGGAGAAUUUCUGAGCGAAGCUUUGCUGACAUCUGGGAACGCAGAUCUCGAGGCCCUGGGGAGGCGGAUGGAUCUGAUAGAACUCCCUGACGCAGACUCCGCGCGUCACUACCAGCAACUUCUGCUUUAUAUGAAGAGUGGAUCACACGCCAUUACUGAGACUUUCUCCUUCCUGCAGGCGCUGCUCCGCAGAAGUAACUCGUCCCACUACCUACUCAAGGAGCAAAUUUUCUCAGGGCCUUUGGUGUUCUUCUUCCGCAAAGGCUCUCGCUGGAGGAAGAAAAUCAAUAGUGGCAUACGGAGGCUCACCGAGGCAGGAGUGAUCCAGAAAUGGUACAAAGAUUUAAUGGAAAACCGAAAAAACGAACCUGACAAGACAACUCAUCCUAGUGGUCUCACCUUGUACCAUCUGCAAGGUCCCUUUUUGUUGUUUGUAUUGGAAAACGCUGUCGCUGCGGCCACGCUUGUUGCUGAAAUUUUAAGCUACAAGUAUAGCGAGCGGUUCAGGCAACGCAAUGAGUCCAAUGAAAGUGCAAACUGA